AUGGCUUCGACUGACAUCAACCACAACAAGAAGAAGAGCACCGCCAACAAGAAGCUCGACGACGCCAAGCUCACGCUCGAGGGCGUCAAGGACAAGCUCGUGGGCGGCGUCAAGCAGACCGUGGGCCACCUGCUCCACAAGCCCGCCCUCGAGUCCACCGGCCGCCAGCAGCGGCUCAAGGCCGACGGCGAGCUCAAGCACCACCGCCCGCUGCAGGCCCUCACGCCGGCCCAGGUGGCCGAGGUGCACAUGCGGCGCGAGGCCCUCAUGGCCCACCUCGUGCGCACCGGCGGCUUCGCGCGCAUGACCGCCACCGGUCGCCUGCGCCACGUCGCCCACGUGCGCGAGAGCCAAGUCGCCGAACUGUUCAACUCCCGGGAGCCGUUCGCGCUCAAGCGGUGGAACGUACGGCCGCUGCUGGAGGACAUUCGCCAGUGCAGGACCGCCAGGCCGCUC